UAAACAGCUUAAUUAUGCCUGCAUACCACUCACAUUUUAACGAUGGAGACUAUCAGUCUAUUGGUAAUAUGUUUUUAUUACCUAUAAAGACCAAGUUUAGAGGAAACGCACCUUAUGCGGGCGACAUGGGAGAAGAUAUUAUUGAUGAGGCACUUGACUUAUUCCGUGCCAACUGUCUCUUCCGUAACUUUGAAAUCAAGGGCAACGCGGAUCGAGUACUUAUUUAUCUUACCUUGUUCAUCUCACAAUGUCUCGGCGCACUUAAUAAGAAUAUGCCACAAGCUGAAGCUUACAAAACAUUGAAUACCUUGGCAUUAUCCAACUUUUCGAUUCCUGGUGAUCCUUCAUUUCCUUUGAAUGCAAUGUAUCAAGCACCCAGUGAUAAGUUCCAAGCAGAUCAAAUGAAGCAGUAUAUUCAGCAAAUUCGUCAGGAACUUGCACUUAGACUUGUUGAAAGGAUUUAUGAGGACGGACAAUUAAGCAAAUGGUGGAUGUGUUUUUCAAAGAGAAAGUUUAUGAACCUUACACUUUAACUUGAUUUAUGAAGUUGAUGGCUCAUAUCUAU